GUCUAACGUGAUUGGAGGGCUUGCAACUUCCCUUUUGAAAAACUAGCUAGGAGCACAAGUGUUUACUUCCCGCGUGACAUUAGCAGGGGCAAGUAGAACAAUGUUUGUCGCGCGAAGCAUCGCAGCCGAUCACAAAGAUUUGAUCCACGAUGUUUCCUACGAUUUUCAUGGGCGGAGAAUGGCGACGUGCUCCAGCGACCAAAGCAUUAAGGUGUGGGACAAGGGUGAUAAUGGAGAAUGGAACUGCACAGCUAGCUGGAAAACUCACAGUGGCUCAGUUUGGAGAGUGACAUGGGCCCAUCCAGAGUUCGGGCAGGUGCUGGCGUCCUGCUCCUUUGACCGUACUGCAAUAGUGUGGGAGGAGAUUGUUGGAGAGUCCAAUGACAAACAACGAGGGCAAAGCCACUGGAUAAAGAGAACUACACUUGUGGACAGUCGAACAUCAGUGACCGAUGUGAAGUUUGCCCCGAAGCACAUGGGCUUAAUGCUGACCACAUGUUCUGCAGACGGGGUGGUGCGAAUUUACGAGGCCCCUGAUGUGAUGAACCUGAGCCAGUGGUCCCUACAGCACGAAAUCUCUUCCAAGCUCUCCUGCUCCUGCAUCUCCUGGAACCCUUCCAGUUCUCCAGCUCACUCUCCUAUGAUCGCAGUUGGUAGUGAUGACAACAAUGUGACGUAUGGUGGCAAAGUUCAGAUAUAUGAGUAUAAUGAAGUUACAAGGAAAUAUGCCAAAGCUGAGACACUGAUGACCGUUACAGAUGCAGUACAUGAUAUCGCAUUUGCUCCAAAUCUGGGACGGUCCUUUCAUGUACUUGCAAUUGCCACAAAAGAUGUGCGCAUCUUCAAAUUGGUUCCCCUUCAAAAGGACAGCUCCUCCGCAGCACCUACUAAGUUCGAGGUGCAGGUUCUGGCCCAAUUUGACAAUCAUAACUCUCAGGUGUGGCGUGUGAGUUGGAACAUCACCAGUACACUUCUGGCCUCCUCUGGUGAUGACGGCUGUGUGAGGCUCUGGAAAGCAAACUACAUGGACAACUGGAAGUGCACGGGUAUUCUAAAAGGAGAUGGUAGUCUGAUGUUUGGAUCAUCUGGUCCAUCUGGUCCGCCUGGUUCUCUAAGCUCUGUCCUGGGCUCGGCUUCAACACGGAGUGCUGUAAAUGGGGCUGGAAGAUAGAUGCUGUGCAUCCUGAGGAAAUCUGGAGCUGCGCAAAAGAAUUGCAUGCUUCGAAGCAACAGGACCUCACAAUGUUCACUGGGACCAACUGAUGAACUUUCUGGACAUGCAAAGAGACUGACGCUUAACGUGGAUCAUUUUUUUAAAUGGAGUCUGCCUUUAAGUAAUGUACUUAUGGUCAACCCUGUGUCAACAGUAUUGUUUUAAUGUUUGAAUACAGACCGGGGGGUGGUUAUGAACUAUUGAAUCAUACAGAAGUACAGUUGAAGUCAGAAGUUUACAUGCACCUAAGCCAAAUAUAUUUAAACUCAUUUUUUCACAAUUCCUGACAUUAUAAUUGUAGUAAACAUUCAGUGUCUUGGGUCAUUUAGGAUCGCUACUUUAAUUUAAGAAUGUGAAAUGUCAGAAUAAUAGUAGAGAAUUAUUUCAGCUUUUAUUAUUUCCAUCACUUUCCCAGAGGGUCAGAAGUUUACUUACACUUUGUUAGUUUUUGGUAGCAUUGCCUUUUAAAUUGUUUAACUUGGGUCAAAUAUUUUGGGUGGCCUUCCUCAAGCUUCUCACAAUAAGUUGCUGAAAUUUUUGCCCAUUCCUCCAGACAGAAGUGGUAAAACUUGAGUCAGAUUUGUAAGCCUCCUUGUUCGCACAUGCUUAUUCAGUUCUGCCCACAAAUUUUCAAUCAGAUUGAUGUCAGGGAUUUGUUAUGGCCUCUCCAAUACCUUGAUUUUGUCCUUAAGCCAUUUUGCCACAACUUUGGAGGUAUGCUUGGGGUAAAUGUCCAUUCGUGACUGAGCUUUAACUUCAUGGGUGAUGUCUUGAGAUGUUGCUUCAGUAUAUCCAUAUAAUUGUCCUUCAUCAUGAUGCCAUCUAUUUUGUAAAGUGCACCAGUCCAUUCUGCUGCAAAGCACCCCAAAUACAUGAUUCUGCCACCCCCAUGCUUCACGGUUGCGAUGGUGUUCUUCAGCUUGCAAGCCUCACACUUUUUCCUCCAAACAUAACAAUUGUCAUAAUGGCCAAACAGUAACAUUUUUGUUUCAUUAGACCAGAGGACAUUUUUCCAAAAGUAAGAUCUUUGUCCCCAUGUGCACUUGCAAACUGUUGUUUGGCUUUUUUUAUGGCAGUUGGCGAGCAGUGGCUUCUUCCUCGCUGAAGCAGUCUUUCAGGUUAUGUCGAUAUGGGACUUGUUUUACUGUGGAUAUAGAUACUUCACUACCUGUUUCCUCCAGCAACUUCACAAGGACCUUUGCUGUUGUUCUGGGAUUGAUUUGCACUUUUUCGUGCCAAACUACAAUCAUCUCUAGGAGACGGAUUGUAUUUGUACAGAUGAACGGGUACCUUCAGGCAUUUAGAAAUUGCUCCCAAGGAUGAACCAGACUUGUGGAGGUCCACAAUUUUUUUUCCUGAGGUCUUGGCUGAUUUCUUUUGAUUUUCCCAUGAUGUAAAGCAAAGAGGCAGUGAGUUUGAAUGUAGGCCUUAAAAUACAUCCACAGGUACACGUACACCUUCCUAUCAGAAGCUAAUAGUGUAAAAGCGUGACGUAAUUUUCCAAGCUACUUAAACGGCACAGUUAACUUGGUGUAUAAAAACUUCUGACCCACUGGAACUGUGAUCUAGUCUAUUAAAAGUGAAACAAUCUGUCUGUUAACAAUUGUUGGAAGAAUUGCUCAUGUCAUGCACAAAGUAGAUGUACUAAACUACUUGCCAAAUCUAUAGUUUGCUAAUAUUAAACUUCUGACUUCAACUGUAUGUUUGAGUCAGGAAUGUGGUGAUGUUAAAAGGGACCAUUACUUAAGGAUUUGUGUGGUGGUGUAUAAAGGUCUUGCUGUUAUUUUAGUCUGUAGGGUAUACUUUUUAUUUUCUUACAGUUUGUGUAAAGUAAGGCUAAUCCUAUGAUUUUACUAUAGCAUAAAACAAUUCUAGAAGUCAUGCUGAAAUUAAUUUGAUUUGUAGAUCUACAAAAUAUAUAUAUAUAUAUAUAUAUUAUAAUCCAUAGUGUUUGCAAUGGUAUAUUUUAUAGAUGAUUCUAUAGGAUUGUCACAUUUUCCUUUUUUUGCUGGCUAAAUUUUUUGGCAAAUCAAGUGUAAUUGAUUGUAGUAAAUGUUUAAUUUUAUUUUUAAUUUGGUUAAAAAUGGACCAAGUAGAACUGCUUAUGCAAACAUAAGCAGUAACCAGGGAAAUAUUUUAAAUGAUAUCCAUUUGCUGGCAAUGUGACAUUAUGUAAUCAUUUUCAAGUGAUAUUUUGUAGAUCGAAUCAAAGAAUAAAAAAGUUUGCAAACUGAGUUUUUAUUAUAUUAAUGCAUUUUUGCAAAGCUUUAAUUUUAAAUCUGGGACCCACUUUAUACGAGAUGUUUUUAUCUACUAUGUACUCAAGCACAGGAUCCCCCAAAUAAUGAAAACAAGCAAGAUUACUCAUGAUGGAUCUGUCUUAAUCCGGUAGUAUGUGAUGGUUGUAAAAAGAUACAAGUCAAAUGUUAUGAUAUUGCUAAAGACCUAUUAGUAAAAAGAGGAAAUUAUAUGAACUUCCCUAAUGCAAAAAAUAUAUUUUCUGUAUAUUAUUAAAAUUGAUUAUCAGUUUUCUCCUAGCAGGUCAUUACGCUU